CAUAUGUUAAUGCACUUUAUUUAAGGACUUCAUCAUUUUCUUCAUCAACUUCAGUAAAUAAUGAUUAUUUAAUACCAACAUUAGUAACAAUGCCAGAAGAUAAUAUUACUUUUUCCAAAGAAAAUUUUACCAAGAAUCAUUAUGAUUUAAUUGUUAGAUUUAAUAUUUUUGCUAAUCAAAUUAAUUCUCAAGAAUUUCCUCUUGAAAAUUGUUUGGAAAUGAUAAAAUCCAUGAGAGGUAAAGGAAUGGACCCUAGUUUUGAAACUUAUAAUAUUUUAUUAAAAGGAUAUUCUAUAUCUCCAGAAUUUCAAGGAAAUAAUGAGGAAAGAGUGAAAAAAGCUUUAGGAAUUUUUGAUAUGAUUAAAUCUGUAGGUUAUGAUGUUGAUGAUUUAGAAGUAUUUCAACCAUUACUAGAUUCAUGUUUACAAUCAUCUAAUAGGGAGAACAUUAACAAAAAUAUUAGUAAUAAUUUUGAAAUAACUGGAAUUGAAAAAAACAAGAAAAAUGAAAUAAAAGUAAAUGAACAAGUUGAAAAUGUAUCAUUUCUUCAUAAAUAUUCAUUACCCAAAAUAUUUGAAAUAGAAAAAUUAAUGAAUAAUUUUAAAGUUACUCACAAUCAAAAAUCCAUUAUAACAAUAUUGGAAUAUUUAGGAGGAACUGGAAAUUACAUUGGUUUAUGGAGAAGAUGGACAGAAUUGUCAUUAAUGGGAUAUAGAAGAAGUGAGCUUUUAUAUGAAACAGUUUUAAGAUUAGCUUCCAGGGAUUUAACUGAAUCCGAAUAUGCUAUUAAUGUAAUUAGACAUCAAAUGAGAAGAGAGUUACCACCAAUUAAACCAAAUUUUGAAAUUUAUUCUCAAUUAUUUAAAUGUUGUUUAAAGGUUAAAGAUAUUUUAACUAUUAAAGAUUUAAUAGAAGAAAUUAAUAAUAAUCACUUUGAUCGAUUUAAAUUUAAUAAAUCUUCAUCACAAGAAGGAAAAAAUUUACAAGAGAUUGAAAAAAGUAUCAAAGAUGAGAAAGAACAAGAAGUACAUCAAACAAAAUUAUUAAAUUUAAUAUUAAAUACAUGUUUCAAAUUACCUAUUUUAUAUUCGGAUGGUGAAAAAUUAAUAAAUAAUAUUUAUCAAAAUAGACCAAAUUUAAUUAAUUAUGAAUUUUGGAAAUCAUUGUUAACUCAUUAUACUGAUAACACUUUUUUGGAUGAUUUUAGACUUCAAAAUAUGUUUGAAAAUUUU